AUGGCUCCAAAGCGUAAGCCUCAAGUGAGUAGCCUUGCAGAUGGAGAGGAAAAUGGAUAUGGAGGAGCGGAGGCCCUCUGUGAUGAUCCACAAACUCCAAGUAUGGCGGACAUAGCAAACCUGCUCCAGGGCUUGGUGAGGAGGCAAACUGAGCAUGAUUCAAGAUGGGAGCAGGAAAAGCUACAGCAGGAGAACCGGUGGCAGUCCAUGGAGCGCCGGGUGGACCAGCUUCAGCAGGAGGUUAAAGCUGAGCGUCCAGAUACUCCUCCAGUGGUGGUCGGUGCAGCACCUGCAGCUCAAGCAGAAAGCCCCAAUGUUCCAGCUAUGAAUGUUGAUUCCUGUGAUGCCCAGGAGCAGAGGUCAAAGACUGUGAUUGGCAUUUAUGCGAACUUGUCCAAUGACGACACUCCAGAGGAUGUGGGAGUCAUCAUUGAGGGAGUGACCGUGCUGCAGGAACUUGCUGUAUUGGGCCUCGCCGCACUGGGCCUCGCUCGCACUGGGCCUCAACCGUACUGGGCCUCGUGGCACUGGGCCUCGCUGGUACUGGGCCCCGCCGUACUGGGCCUCGUCGUACUGUGCCUUGCCACACUGGGCCUCGGAUGGGAGGUCCGAGUGCACUUGGAAGUGUGCACAAUCAGAAUCACUCUAUACUUUAGUGUGUGCACUAAAGUGUAG